CCUGGAUACAUAUAUCCAGUCUCAAUGUGCCAUCUUUUUUUAUUAGCUUCUAGGGAUUUAAGUAUCUUUCCAACACCUCUCUUUCUUCAUUCCUUGCUUGUUUAAAUUUUGACCAAUCACGCGGCGUCAACAGACAAAAGAGCCGACUCUCGAACAGGAAAACGAGGGCUUCUUGCUGCAGAAAAAAAAAAAAAAAGCCCCACGCAAAGACAGAACCCCACGCCAGGAAAUAGGCGAGGGAGGCCCCAGAACGCACAUUGCAGUGAGCAGACCGCAGAAACUGCUUGACUCGAAUUAACGCCUUGCCUUCGAGUACAUCAGUCCCACUCCACCCAUGCGGCAGUUCCGUGGACCGGCGGCGUUGAGGUCACACUGACGGACGACACGCGACGGAGGCGGCGUGGGGGGAGAAGACGUUGAUGCGGUGCUACCGGACCAAGCUGUCGGCGUGGACCGCUGUGUUCGUGCUGGUGCUGUGCUGGUUCUACGUGUACCCGGUGUACAAAGUCCCCCGUGAUAAGGACGUGGUGGACGAGGUGCUGAGGCAGGGGGACGUAUGGAAGAAGAACCAGACGGGCAUCGACUUGUACAGGAAGAUGCUGCGGGAUUGCUGUGAUCCCCGGAAGCAGUUUGCACUGACUAAGGAGGUUGCGGCGCUGGGCAAGGUGCUGUGGUACGAUGGCGAGUUUUACUACUGGCACACGGUCAACAACGAGACGCACUCGCUGUUUGUGCAGGCCAACCCUCUGCAGCUCCCUCUAAAGAAGUGUGCGGUGGUGGGAAACGGCGGCAUCCUCAGGCACAGCCAAUGCGGACGUGACAUCGAUCAGGCCGACUUCAUCAUGAGGUGUAACCUUCCACCACUUUCCAAGGAAUACGUGAAGGAUGUGGGCACCAAAACCCACUUUGUGACGGCCAACCCCAGCAUCAUUGAGAAGAGAUUCCAGAACCUCUUGUGGUCCAGAAAGGCGUUUGUCGACAGCAUGAAGGUCUACGGUUCCAGCUACAUGUACAUGCCGGCCUUCUCCACGAAGCCCGGCACGGUCCCGUCAUUGCGGGCCGCCUACGCCCUGGCGGACUCCUCGUCCAACAUCACCAUGCUCUUCGCCAACCCGGACUUUCUGGGCAGCGUGGGCCAAUUCUGGAAGGCCCGCAACGUGCAUGCCAGGCGUCUCACCACGGGGCUCUUCGUGGUCAGCCUGGCACUGGGGCUGUGCGAGGAGGUGACCGUGUACGGCUUCUGGCCCUUCUCGGUGGACCUCGCCGAGCAGCCCAUCAGCCACCACUACUACGACAACAUGAAGCAUAACAGUUGGUUCCACGCCAUGUCCGAGGAGUUUGUGCAGCUGUGGAAGCUGCACAAGAGCGGAACGCUGCGCAUGAGGCUGGGACACUGCCCCCAACAGGAGCAGGUGAGCUAGGGCACAGCGUUGGGAACCUUCUUACUUAAUGCCAACAUCAAAUAUUCAUACAUUUACGUAUCAUGUCUCCAUCCGAGCCUCUUGGGAUUCAUUAAAGUGAAGGCGGGGGUUGUUACUGUGUCUUCUUGGCAUAUGGGCCAGCUGAACCAAAACCCCCAAUCGUCAAACAGAAGGCAAGGAGGAGCCGAAGGAAUUGUGCAAUCCCUAUAUGAGGACAAAGGGGUGCAUGCAAGGAUUUAUUUUUGCUAGUUUUGUUUAGCUCUGAUGCCAAAUGAGGUUUCUAGGUUAACAUGGAUGGCCAAUCAAGUCAAUGGAAGCGAUGUCGCGUUGCCUUUUUGGAAUGUAAUUUCCAUAAUGCAAUAGGAAACCCGUAAAGCACAAAUGCCACAUAGACAUCAUAUUGCUUCUUGCAAAUGCUUUAGGGGGAAUUGCACUUUUUUUUUUUUACAUUUUGCUUAUUAAUCACAAUCCUUAUGUGAGACAAGAACACUUUCUUUUUUGUGUGCGUUCUAAAUGGUGAAAAACCUCUAGCAAGAGGUGUGGAUUCACCUGAAGGAAUCAAUAAAAAACUACCUAUCCAUCUAUAAAGCCCUCUAAAAAAAUACCAACGUUUUAUAUGCAUGCUGUAAGUAUAAUGUAACGUUUUAACACUGGCGCAUUGAUGACAACAUGUAACAUUUACAAUAUUUUGCCCAUUUAAAAAAAAAUACCGAAACUUCUUUCCUGGGUGCGUUCGCAGAGCGCAAAACAAUUGCGACUUCCAUCAACAACAUCAGGAGCACUUUUUGUGUUUUCCACCACUAAUCAUUGCAGAAUUUGUGAGAGACGACAACCACUUUACUGAAUAUGCGGAGGAGGAGCUUAAAGUGUUCGUUUUCUUUUUAAAAAAUCCAUAUAUUGUUUGAAUAUUUAAAACCUUAGAUUAAAUUAGCUUUUUCAUUUUGUGGCCCUCAGUGGAAGACGUUUAGACAACCCUGUUUUACAAGCUGGAAUCUUAAGCAGUUCCAGCUCUAGUGAAGCACCAAGCUGUUGUCCUACCAUUAGCUUUUAGCACGAGUGCUAUACGCUUAAUCAAAAACAUACUCAGUUACUUACAAUAUCUGCUGUCAUCAUGUCAACUGAUGGGAUGGUUGUAUCUUUCAGCCCAAUACUUCAGCAUCAGCAUAGUCCUCAGGUAAAAAACAUUUAGUUUUCUAAGCAUCGUUUUCGGGUCUAAGUUGAGAGACGCUAUCCACUAAUUUAGUCGGUCCGGAGUUUUGACUAGUAGCGUGUAGAAUCUUAAAAUUGACUAACUUCUCCUCUUGUGGUCACAACCAUUUACUAUACUAUAAGCUCGUAUUAACUUUUAAAACCUCGGAGGUAAAAGUUUCAAUCAAUCAAUCAAUCAAUUCAGAACCUGUUGUAGUUACCUAGUGGCGGGAGGAGCAAUAUGAGUGUAUGUGUUACUACGCCAGAAAAGUAGUUCCUUGACAAUACAGUAAUCAUUUCGCUAUAGCUUGUUUAAUGCAGGUCACAGCAUGUAAAUAGAGCGUUGUUGCCAGGUUUUAUGUUUUUUUAGAGUGCUGUAUGGAUGGAUUAGAUAAAUCCCCUUUACAUGCAUUGGUAGCCGCCUCUUGCCAACGUUUUUUUUACUAUUUAGAAUGCAAAGAAAAGAGAAAAAGAUGUGAUGAUGGGAAAAAUUCCACCAAAAAUGCAGUUCCCCUUUCAGGCUGAAAUAGAGAUACGCGAGAACAUAUUUCAGCCAAUCUGUGUGAGCAUGUCGAUAUAUGGUAGGUCUUUAUUGCCAUUGCACAAGUACAACAAAAUUUAGUUUUCAGCACAAACCCGUUCAAGAUUAGACAAACAAUGUACAGGGUUACAGAACAGGAAUAGCAAAUCAUGUAUACAUAUUACAAAGAAGCAAGCACGAGAGAUAGGGAGAGGAAAGGGGAGGGAGUGCCAGUGAGAAAUAUUGUACUCUUAUUGAAAAAACGUACUGUUUCUAUUAUAUGUAGGGUACACCACCAUCACAAUUCUGUACGUACCUCGUUUUUUAUGGUCACUGUUCACUAAAGUAAGGGUACAAAAAUGCAAUGAUUGUGUAAUUACUUUUAAAAAGGAACCUCAGUCAGUGGCAGGCACGAUUUACUUCGGUUUAAGUUCCAAUAAGUACGACGAAACCGAAUAAAACAGAAAACGAAGCACUUUUUCCAAGCACUUGAUAUAUUUUUCUCUGCAAAAGUCUUCAAAAACCGGUGGAAAGACGGAAGAUUGGACUAUUUCCGAUGUUAUCACUAGCUACAAGCUGGGCUGCACUACUUCUUCCGCCAAGAUCUCUGCUUCCACGCCGCUUGACUCACCUUUCCAUCCGCUUUUUUGUGGUUGUGGAGUUGCAUUGCAACGGCAAUUGUAUGCCUACAGUCCCUCACUCUGGGAAAUUGGUACACAGCAGGAACAAACCGAAGGCUCCAUCCAGAAAAAGUCCAUGGCAUGUACCGUUACACCCCAAAUUUUUUGGCUUAAUAUUUUGCACUCCUAAAUUUUUUAUAUUGUUGUGUUUUGGUGUGUGUGUGCAUCAGGGCCAAAUCAGAGCAGCUUAACGCUCAUUUGCUGUUUUUUUCUAUACAACGGUGAUAACUGUGGAUGUGCCAACUGACAGCUGAUAACUUUUUUUUAUCAUUUUGUCAACAUGAGUUGCCUCUUUUUUUGGUUUAUUUUGUAUGAAGUAUUGCUCAUGUGGUGGUGUUGAUCAGGCAGAUGUGAGACAUUUUCAUUUAUUACUUGCACUGACUUUUGUUUGUUUCUUCUGACCACCUUCUGGUGUUGGUGAGGCAUCAUGUGGCCCGGUAAUGGAAGGUUUUAACAAUGUAUGUUUUGUUUUGUUUAUAUUUAUACAUAUAUUCGUGAUCUGUGUGUGUGUGUGUGUGUGUGUGUGUGUGUGUGUGUGUACAUACAUACUUAUAU